AAUAAUGUUCGAAGAGCAACCGGAGGUAAUAGAGGCGAUCGAGAAUAAUCGCUUCGAAAUUGUCAUCAAAAAUGUUCGAAUCGAUUCGGUCACCGAAGCGGCCAAUCUUUCCCAGAAACGGGUUUUCGAGAGUAUGUCCCAAUUGAAUCUCCUUUCUCUCACUGGAUGCUCUCUUCACAAUCUUUCGUCUUCGAUUAGAUCUUGCAGUAAUCUAAUGCAUUUGGUUUUGCCGAAAAAUGAUUUAAAACAGCUUCCAGACGUUUUUGAUUGCUUGCCAAAACUAAAAUUCAUGGAUCUUUCACACAAUCAUCUGGAUGCUCUUCCUGCUUCAAUUUCAAAAUGUGAAAAUCUUGAAUCUCUAAUUCUCAACAACAACCGCCUCAAUGAAUCGAGUUUCCCGGAUAUAUCAAAUCUCUCGAAUCUUCAUAUUUUCGACGCCGCUCACAACACAAUUUCCAAGAUUCCUGCGUCUCUCACUUCUCACAAUCUUUCUGCAAAACUCCAUACGAUAAUACUCUCUCAUAAUUCAAUUGAAGUGAUACCGGAUAGUUUGAGCAAUUUGAAGCAAUUGAAAGAGCUUAAAAUUGAUGAGAAUAAGCUGAAAGAUGUUCCGAGUGUGAUUGCACACCUUCCCAAGUUGAAGGUUUUGGAUAUUUCGAAGAAUUGCUUCUCGGAGAGCAGAUUUCAGAAGCUUGCCAAUGAUAAGCGUGGGAAGCUUAAUGCAGUGAUUGCUCUGGCUCAAAAAAUUGGAAAACCAAUUGGAAAUUCUGAAGAGCAGAAGAAAGCUCCUGAAUCCGGUUCCCCCGAUUUUCCAGUUCCAGACGCCCCACUCACAGUCCGUACUGGAAUUGAGAAUUUGACAGUUCGUAGGCAUCCCAGUGUCUCUGAAAUCCGACCAUAUCUUGUUUGCUGUGUCAUCAAUAAUGUUGAUCUCAAUGGAGGAGACUCGUUCAAGAAAUUCAUUGCUCUUCAAACGAAAAUGCACGCGUCGGCUCUCUGUGAGAAUCGAACUCUUUCGGCUAUUGGAACGCAUCGGCUCGAUUCUUUUCAGCUUCCACUUUGUUAUAUGGCUCUUCCGAAGGAUGAACUAUAUAUCCGUGCAUUAAACAAAAAAUCGAGUGUAAGUGCAUCUGAACUGCUGGACAGUCUUCUUCGUGACGCUGAGCUGGCCAGAAAACGGAGCAAGAGAAGUACAGUUGAUCCAUUGCACAAGUACUUGCAUAUAGUAAAGGAUGAGAAUAUUCUUGCGUGUCUUGUAGACUCUCAACAAAUUGUUAUUAGCCUGCCACCGAUAACCAACUCGGAUUGCACAAAGCUAACUGUGGAUACCACGAGCAUCUGGGUAGAAGUAUCUUCGAAACAAUCACUGGAAGCAUGUAAAAAGACAAUGGAUGAACUGAUUCUCUCAAGUCGUCAGAUAUUCCCAACUCUUUCAAUUGAUCAAGUCAGAGUUGUCGACAGUGAUACACUUGUUUCAAUUUAUCCCGACAAAAAUGACCUUCCAGGAGUCUCCCGGAUAUCUAAUUAAAAAUUUGACAAAAAAAUAGUCUUAAAUUCAGAAAAUCCCCGAAAGAAAAAUGAAAAAUCAGAGUUUUUGACAAAAAUGAGCGCUGCGACCAAUCAGCGAUUUGCUCCGCCCACUUUUUGACCAAUCAGGAUUUUCGGCGCAAUUCUACUGGUUGUUCCAACAUUUUUCAUUGAAAAUUAGUGUCAAAAUAUGGAAAUUUACUAUCAAAAUGUAUAAAUCGAUCUUUGAAUUUUGCAAAAAUUUUUGUCGCACAGAAAUUGAGGCGGAGCUUGCUUUCGCAACACUGCCGCACGGGCAACAAUUUUUGCAAAAUUCAAAGAUCGAUUUAUACAUUUUGAUAGUAAAUUUCCAUAUCUUGACACUAAUUUUCAAUGAAAAAUGUUGGAACAACCAGUAGAAUUGCGCCGAAAAUCCUGAUUGGUUGAAAAGUGGGCGGAGCGAAUCGCUGAUUGGUCACAGUGCUCAAUUUUGCCGAAAAGUCGGUUUUUUUUGGAAUUUUUGAGUUUUUUUUUUUUGGAUUUUUUUCCUUCCUUUUCACCUAAUUAUUUUGUUUUUGUUGUUACCAUGUUUCUUGUUGUUUCUCCCCGAUUUCCCCCGCUGACACUAGAAUAAAAGUAUCGUUUU